AUGCACGUCUUCGUGACUGGAGCCACCGGCUUCAUCGGUAGAGCAGUCGUCGAUGAACUCCUAACAGCCGGCCACACGGUCACAGGUCUCGCCCGCUCUGACGAAGGCGCCGCUGCACUGACAGCGAAAGGCGUUAAAGUAAUCCGUGGUUCCUUUCGAGACCACGAGAUCGUCAAGCAAGGAGCCAGCGAGGCCGACGGCGUGAUCAACCUUGCAUUCGAUCACGACUUCAGCAAAUAUGUUCAGAACUGCAUUGACGAGAAAGAGACCAUCGAAGCUAUAGGCUCAGUCCUGGCCGGAACGAACAAGCCUCUGGUCACCACCUCUGGCACUUUGGGACUCACCCACGGGAAAGUCAGCACCGAAGAGGAAGUCAUUGAUUACGAACGGCCGAUGAACAACCGCGCCCAGAAUGAGAAGGUGAUUUCCAGUCUUGCUGAGCAGAACGUGCGUGCUUGUGUCAUUCGCCUGCCGCCUACUGUACACGGCGAUGAGGACCAUGCUUUCAUCGAGAGGCUUGCUAUUCUGGCCCGUUCGCAGGGUAAUGCUAUCUACAUCGAUGAGGGACUAAACCGAUGGCCUGCUGUUCAUCGUCUUGACGCUGCUCGACUCUAUCGACUUGCCCUAGAGAAUGGUGUUGCUGGAAGCAAGUACCAUGCUGUGGGCGAGGAGGGUGUCGCCAUGAAGGAUAUUGCUGAAGCUAUUGGUCAUGACCUGGGUCUCCCGGCCGUCUCCAAGACUCUUGAUGAAGCGGGGAGUCUUGAUGGCUUCAUAUCCUAUGUUAUGAGCAUAGAUAACCCGGUUUCAAGCAAGAAGACCCAGGAACUUCUUGGCUGGGAGCCAGUGGGCCGGAAGCUUUUGGAUGAUAUCAAGGCUGGCGUUUAUUUCCAAAAGUGA